GUUACUGCUCCAUUCAAUGGUGGAUGUUGACAGUAGGAUGGCCGGUCUCAAUCCGGCACAUAUUGCCGGACUCCGACGCCUCUCCGCCCGUGCUGCUGCCGUUACUCCUUCUCACCCUGCACGCGCCGGCCUUCUCUCCUUCGCUUCUCUGGCUGAGAAGGUCAUCACUCAUAUGCGCAACACUGGCGUCCAGGUGCAACCGGGCCUCUCCGUCGCCGAGUUCGCUCGAGCCGAGGCUGAGUUUGGCUUCGUUUUCCCUCCGGAUCUCCGAGCCGUACUGUCCGCUGGUUUGCCGGUGGGUCCUGGCUUCCCCGAUUGGCGAGCUUCCGGCGCCAGGCAGCAUCUUAGAGCCACGCUCGAUUUUCCAAUUGCGGCCAUCAGUUUCCAAAUCGCGAAGAAUACGUUCUGGUCCAAGUCAUGGGGUCCGAGGCCCUUAGACCCGGAAAAGGCACUACGGGUUUCGAGAAAUGCUCUGAAGAGAGCGCCUCUUUUGAUUCCCCUCUUCAGUCAUUGCUACAUUCCCUGCAACCCAUCACUGGCGGGGAACCCAAUCUUCUCCGUCGAUGAGAAUCGGAUCUCCUUUUGCGGUCUGGAUCUAUCCGAUUUCUUCGAGCGGGAAUUCCUUAUUCGGAGCUCCGAAUCUGAUGCCCACUUUCUCAAAAACCAAAGGUCCAUCAGUGAAAAAUCGGCCGGCUCCUCUAACUUCUCGCGACGGAGCCUGGACACCGGAGCAAGAACGCCGAGGUGGGUGGAGUUCUGGAGCGACGCCGCCGUUGAUCGGCGGCGGAGAAACUCGUUGUCGUCGGCGUGUUCAUCGCCGGAUAGGGUAUUCGAGAUGCCGAGAUCGGGAAUUCCGAAAUGGGUAAAGGACUACAUUGAAGAAAUAGGAUCGAGACUGAGAGAAGGGGGAUGGAGCGAAACGGACAUUUCAGAGAUGGUACAAGUGUCAGCCUCCGGAUUCUUCGAAGGAGCGAUGGUCAUAGUGGACAACCAGGCGGUUCUAGACGCUCUGCUCGUAAAAACGGAUCGGUUUUCGGAGCUUCUCCGAAAAGCGGGAUGGAGCUCCGAAGAAGUGUCGUACGCUCUGGGGUUCGAUCAUCGACCCGAAAAGGAACGAAAACCGGCAAAGAAGCUGUCUCCAGAGCUGGUGGAAAGAAUCGGGAAACUGGCAGAGUCGGUUAGUGGGUGAUAGUAGUAAGGGCAUCCCAAUCCCCCAUCUGCCAAGAUUCCUCAUUUUGCCUCUUUUUAAAAUUUCAAGGUCUUGGGUUACAAAUUUGUUUCACACCCACAGUCAUUACUAUUUUAUAUUUAUUUAUAUAUAUAUAUGUAUAAUACACCAAUGGAAAAAGGA